UUCACGUGACUCAUGAGAUAUUAUCCAACCCCUGCAGCGCUCCUGUUCUUGUUCAGCUGCUGCUCAUGCUCCCGCGCGGUAUUCCGCCCUAUCGUCAGCUCGCCUCCGCGUGUUCUAGCUUGACUGCCAGAAAAUAACUACAUUCCUGUUCUACAGCACAAGUGACACUUGAACAUCAAGACUGGACCCGGUUCCAUUAGUGAUGUAUCAUUCUGAAGUCGAUGUCUCUCGAGAGAAAACCCUACAUCCCCUGUGGAUAAAGUUCCUAUCUGAUGAAGUUAAUAAGAGGCUUUUUGUGACAGAUCAACAUGCAAUACCUAGCACAAAAUCAACCCAGCACAGUGCCCUUUCUCUGAUGGCAGCAUCUUUACCAGAAUUUUCGAACUUUUUCGAUAAUCCUUCCUGUAUGCACACAAUGCUACAGAACUUAUACUCACUUCCCCAGGCAUGUGUUGCAUCUCCUUUUCCCACACUUCCCCACCCUUUCAUCUCAACGAUCGAACGUGCUAGUCACGUGGUCAACUGUCCACGUUUCCUGACUGAAAUCACCGAAAGUCCAAUUAAGGAUAAAAAAAAGACAGUAAGACCUGAGAAAAAACUGCCAAAUAGGGUCGUGCACUCUGAGUUACCCACUUCUAUGCCUAAAAAGAAACCUAGGUUUGACUUUUCAAAGCUAGCCGAAUCUGCUACUACUAAGGACGAUAGCCUGGAUUGUUCUUCUCCUAGACCCACAGAUCCUCAAACAUGUGAAAUUCAAACUCAGCCAUCAAUGUCUUCCAUUAUUGCCAGACAAACGUUUCCUCUUGUCCCACCUUACUACACUAACAUGGACGUUGGACUCUUCUGUCAAAAGGCAACACUGCAAAGAUCUUCUUCGCGUCCCAAAAAGGAAUUCAUUUGUAAAUAUUGUGAACGAAGAUUCACAAAGUCUUACAACUUGUUGAUUCAUGAACGGACGCAUACCGACGAACGACCUUACACCUGUGAUAUUUGUCAAAAAGCCUUCAGGAGACAGGACCACCUUAGAGACCACAGGUUUAUUCACUCGAAGGAUAAACCGUUUAAGUGCAGUGAUUGUGGAAAAGGCUUUUGUCAGGCCCGGACCUUAGCGGUGCACAGAAUCCUGCACAUGGAAAGCUCUCCUCACAAGUGUCCUACGUGUGGCCGUACUUUCAACCAGAGGAGCAACCUGAAAACCCAUCUCCUCACCCACACCAACCUCAAACCCUAUAACUGUAGUUCAUGUAGCAAAGUCUUUCGUCGAAACUGUGACCUUCGUCGCCACCUUCUAACGCACACAGUUGAUUUUCCAGAACAACGGGAAAGUUGCACUUCUCUUUCUUUAAAUAUGGCCGCUUGCGGGGGGGCCGAGGCGAUUUCUUUGCAUAACAAGAUUUUUCAUGUCGAGAAGAAUUCUCAGUCCCAUACUCCAGAGGUGCUAGACGUGGAAAACUGAAUAUUUUAUAUGUAGUUUGAAAGCAUAGUUCUAGAUUGACUUGGUUCGCUGACUUAGCGUCUCCAUUGUCAUUAAAUGUAAAUAUUACAAAAGCCAAGAAAGUUGUAUACUAAACAAAAGUUAACAUUAACUUAUUGCCAUGAUUAAAACGUGUUAUAUUAUAAAACAAUGUGAUUCAGAUUUAUUCAAAGGAAUGUUAUGAUGAAUUCAUGUGUUUCUUAAAUAUAUUAAAAAAGUAUUUUAA